AAGAGUGACAUUAGCAUUAAAAGAAGAAGAAUGUGUCUUGUAAAGCAGAUAUUUCAACCAAACAAUUACCAAUAAUAUUUAUUUUUGUUAAUAUUGGGUCUGAAAUUACCAGAAUUUUAAACUUAAAAGGAUGUCCGGCAGCGGCAGUAGCGAGAAGGAUUCCAAGUUCAAUUCGUUCUACACAGAGGUAAAGGAAAUAGAAAAGAGGGACUCUGUUUUGACGCCCAAGCAGCAAAUAGAGCGCUUAUUAAGACCCGGCUCCACCUAUAGAAAUUUAAAUCCCUUUGAAGUUUUGCAAGUAGAACCUGAUACACCUUUAGAAGAAAUAAAGAAAAAGUAUAGACGUUUAUCGAUUCUGGUGCAUCCUGAUAAGAAUCAGGAUGAUGCCGAGCGGGCGCAGCAGGCGUUCGAGGCUGUAAAUAAGGCGUGGAAAACUUUAGAAAAUGAAGAGAGCAGAAAGAAAUGCAUGGACAUUAUUGAAGAAGCAGUGGGGAGAACGGAUCUCAUGCUGGCAGAGAAGCGUAAAAAAGCUAAAAAAGAUGGCAAAUCGACCAUACCCGAAGAUGAUCCAGAAAAGUAUAAACACGCGGUUUAUGUUUUGACAAUGAAACUUUUUGCAGAUUUAGAGAGGAAAAGACGUGAACUCGCCGAUAGGGAUCAAGAGGAAAGGAAAAGGAAAAGGGAGCAAGAAAUUGAAGAGGAGGAGAAUCAGAAAGCACAGAAAGAGUGGCAGAAGAACUUUGAAGAAUCACGCCAAAAUAGAGUGAACAGCUGGCAGAAUUUUCAAGCCAAAGGAAAGUCCAGCGCUAAAAAGAUAAAAACAUUCAAACCACCCAGAAAUAAGCCAGAAUCGAGAUAAUUUUUACAGGGUCCUGAGUUAUUGGGGACAUAUUUUUUUUUGUAUUGUAAAAAUAAACUAUAGUGCUAUUGUACAAAGGUCUAUUUGGAUUUGAUGGAUUUUCAUUGGUCUGUAUUUAGGGAAAAUAUAAAACUUCUUUCUAUGA